AUGCCACAUGACAGUAACACUCCAACCCGGCUGUUGAACGCAAAGUCGAGGCUUCUCGAAACUUUCCCGUCAUCAUGUCCGCCGUACGCCAUUGUCUCACACACCUGGGGUACAGAGGAGAUAUCACAUGCAGAGUGGCUGCUUCCUGCCACGCAUCGGGACAAACGACAGGCCUCGAAGGCUGGCUACCGGAAGAUCAUCAGUGCGUGCUCGCAGACUCUCGCGGACGGCCUCAAAUAUGUCUGGGUUGAUACAUGCUGCAUUGAUCGAAGGAACAACAACGAGCUUUGCGAAGCCAUCAAUUUGAUGUUCUCGUGGUAUGGGAAUGCCGCAGUGUGCUAUGCACUGCUCUCCGAUGUCGAACAUGGGACACAGCUGUUUCCUGCUGAGCAGCAGAUACAGUCACGCGAGCGACUGAAGAUAUCAGCGGACUGGUCACGCAAGACGCAGAGGGGCGUAGCGGCAGUGCGUUCGUCUCGAUGGUUUACCAGAGGAUGGACUUUACAAGAGACCAUUGCCCCACACACCGUUCACUUCUUCGACUCAAAGUGGAUUUGGCUGGGAGCACUUCGCCAGCCAAGUAUACUGGCUCUGGUCGCUGACAUUACCGGCAUCGAUCCAGCGCUUUUGGCCGGUCGUAAGGCUCUGACGGAUUACAGUAUUGCACAGAGGCUCUCAUGGGCCGCGAAGAGACAAACCACAAAGCCAGAGGAUUUAGCCUAUUCACUACUAGGCAUUGUCGGUGUGAACAUGAUUCUACUCUAUGGAGAGGGCCCGCAAGCUUUCACGCGACUGCAGGAGCUGAUCUUGGAGAGUUCGGAGGAUCUAUCGGUCUUGGCCUGGACACAUUCUAUCUCAAGUGCCCGAUCACAGUUGCUAGCUCCAUCACCUCUCGACUUCCAGCAUUGCGGUCGCAUAGCAAUCAACAUUCCCGGCAGCCAAGCCACAAUGACAGAGCAUUGGAGGACCAGCCGUGGCCUCAAAGGCACUUUCGAGGUUGGAGAAGCUGAUCUGAGCGACUCUCCUUCGCCAUGCAAACUCAUCCUGCUUGGUCUCCAUCCUGUCCGCGCUCCGGGUCAAGUUAUAGCCUUGCCAGUGAAGGCCCUCAAUUCGGCCGCCAGCAGCCCUAUAUUCAAGAUUGACCCGAUGCUUGCUGCCCAAGCAUCCUCGAUGAUCGAGCGACUCACUACGCUGGAUAGACGACAACUUCGCAACGUGUCUCUGCUCGACUGCACAAUUCUACUGGGGUAG